AUGGAAGAGCUCACGGCUUUUGUAUCCAAGUCUUUUGACCAGAAAAGCAAGGACGGUAACGGCGGAGGCGGCGGCGGCGGAGGUAAGAAGGAUUCCAUUACGUACCGGGAAGUUUUGGAGAGCGGACUGGCGCGCUCCCGGGAGCUGGGGACGUCGGAUUCCAGCCUCCAGGACAUCACGGAGGGCGGCGGCCACUGCCCGGUGCAUUUGUUCAAGGACCACGUAGAGAAUGACAAGGAGAAACUGAAAGAAUUCGGCACCGCGAGAGUGGCAGAAGGGAUUUAUGAAUGCAAAGAGAAGCGCGAGGAGGUGAAGUCGGAGGACGAGGACGGGCAGACGAAGCUGAAACAGAGGCGCAGCCGCACCAACUUCACGCUGGAGCAGCUGAACGAGCUCGAGCGACUCUUUGACGAGACCCAUUACCCCGACGCCUUCAUGCGCGAGGAGCUCAGCCAGCGCCUGGGGCUCUCCGAGGCGCGCGUGCAGGUUUGGUUCCAGAACCGGAGAGCCAAGUGCCGCAAACAAGAGAAUCAGAUGCAUAAAGGCGUCAUCUUGGGCACAGCCAACCACCUAGACGCCUGCCGAGUGGCACCGUACGUCAACAUGGGAGCCUUACGGAUGCCUUUCCAACAGGUUCAGGCUCAGCUGCAGCUGGAAGGCGUGGCCCACGCGCACCCGCACCUGCACCCGCACCUGGCGGCGCACGCGCCCUACCUGAUGUUCCCCCCGCCGCCCUUCGGGCUGCCCAUCGCGUCGCUGGCCGAGUCCGCCUCGGCCGCAGCCGUGGUCGCCGCCGCCGCCAAAAGCAACAGCAAGAAUUCCAGCAUCGCCGACCUGCGGCUCAAGGCGCGGAAGCACGCGGAGGCCCUGGGGCUCUGA